UUGUAGUCUGUGUUUGCCUUCACUGACACCCCGUCAUGUUAAUCAAGUGUUUUUUUUCCCAUUCAGCACAGCUCAGAACAGGCACCUUUCCUCACUUCUGUGUCUCCCUGCCGAGUAUGUGAGAUGGACGACAUCUACAGCUAUGCAGAAAAAGUGUUCUUUGACCUGGAGGAGAGGCAAGCGGCAGAUCUCUUCAAAGGAGAUCAGGAUAUCUAUGCCAAUGCUGCUGAGCAGGAGUCAGGAGAGAAACAGAACUGCCCUGUCGCAGAGAACAGUGGCGCCCCCUGCAGGUGCAGCCUGGCCCUGCUAGCUGUACUCUGCCUCGCUCUGCUGGGUGGUCUCACUGCCCUGGGGUUCCUGUACGUUCAGAAAAGCAACCGAUCGGACGCCCUGGAGGAGGAGAACAGGGAACUCUCCAUCUUGCUGUCCUCUGUGAAGCAGAGGCUAGCAGGAACCGAAAGAAAGUUGGAGGAACUGCAAGUGAGACACAGAAAUGCGUCAGAAACACUCUCUACUUAUCGAGACAUUAAGAGAAACUUGGAGGAGCUGCAAGUCAAGCAUAGAGAUCUGUGGAAAAUUAUUUCCCAUUACAAUGCUAUGGAUGGAUGUGCAUGCCUCACUGGAUGGAGAUUACACCAGGGAAAGUGUUACUUCUUCUCCACUGAGAAGAUGCACUGGUCUCAAAGUCAGGAGUACUGUGCCUCGAAGGUGGCACAUCUGGUCAUCAUAAACAACCAACAGGAACAGAAUUUUGUGUCGUCCAGUAUUCGUGAGACGCACUGGAUUGGGCUGAGCGACCGGGACACAGAGGGACAGUGGGUCUGGGUGGACGGUACGCCUCUUGACAGAAGCGGAACCCAGUACUGGUGGACAAAGGAGCCGGACAACUGGAUGGGCGCAGGGGACCCGUCCGGAGAAGACUGCGCAGCUCUGGGGAACAACAACAAACACCCCACUCACUGGUUCGACGGUUCUUGUCGAAACAUGAAAAAAUUUGUCUGUGAAACACGAAUGUUGUGUGCCACAAUUUUGAGCAAAUCAGGUCCAGAAUAUCUUGUUUCGCCCUGA